UGUGGGACUAAUCAUCGAUAUCAAGUUACGGUAGUUGCCUAAUCAUUGCUCCCAGACGCUCACUAUUGGUGUUCACUUUUUGUUGUCAAUUAUGCUGCGCACACGUCAAUCUUGCAGGGUACUCACCCAAAUCACUCAUCAAGCUCAUCCACACCGCUGGAAUGCCUGUGUACGACUGCCAACACUUGUUCAGCGCCGUGCAAUCGGCUCAGUCAGUGCCAUUGACUCUGUAAUAUUUCGUAACUUAUUCGGCACCGACGAGAUUCGCAAUGUCUUCAGUGACCAAGCCUACAUCAACAGAUGCGUCGACGUUGAAGCUGCUCUAGCACGCGCCCAAGCCCAAUGCAAUGUCAUUCCCGCCGAUGCAGCAGCAGACAUCACCUCCAAAGCCAAUGCCACCAGCCUCGACAUGGACCGGCUGCGCAACGAGACUGAUGUCGUGGGGUAUCCCAUUCUUCCUCUAGUGCGUCAAUUAAACGACAUGUGCGGCUCUGCUGGAAAGUAUCUGCACUGGGGUGCCACAACACAGGAUAUCAUGGAUACAGCGAGUGUGUUGCAGAUCAAGUCUGGUCUUGAUAUCGUCGAGACCAAGUUGACUGGCGUGAUAAACGCGCUUCAAGAUCUUGCAGUUACGUAUCGCGAUACACCCAUGGCUGGAAGGACACAUCUGCAGCAUGCAUUGCCUGUUACCUUUGGCUACAAAUGCGCCGUCUGGCUAUCAAGUCUUUACCGCCAUAGAGAGCGACUUCAGCAGCUCAAGAGUCGUGCUCUUGUUGUUCAGUAUGGAGGCGCGGCUGGAACCUUGGCGUCCCUCGGCGAUGGCCCUGAGGGCGUCAAUGUUAGAAAGAAACUCGCUGCAGAACUCGGCCUGGAGAACCCAUCAAUCACCUGGCACGUUACCCGCGAUGGCAUCGCCGAAGUGACAAACCUCCUAGCCCUCAUCGGCGGCUCCCUCGGCAAAAUCGCAUUAGACCUAAUAAUCAUGUCCUCCAACGAACUCGGUGAAGUAGCAGAACCCUUCGUCCCCCACCGCGGCGCCUCAUCCACGAUGCCCCAGAAGCGCAACCCCAUCUCCAGCGAAGUAAUCCUCGCCGCCUCCAAAAUCCUGCGCUCCAACGCCAGUCUCGUUCUCGACGGUAUGGUAUCUGACUUUGAACGCGCAUCAGGACCAUGGCAUUUAGAAUGGGUAGCCAUACCUGAAAGCUUCGUCAUAGCAGUUGGAGCGCUUCACCAAGCUGAGUUUGCGCUUGCUGGGCUGGUUGUGGAUAAGGAGCGUAUGGCGGAUAAUCUUGCUUCGACGAGGGGACUUAUUGUUGGGGAAGCGUUGAUGAUGGCGUUGGCGAAGUUUGUGGGGAGGCAGGAUGCGCAUGAUAUUGUUUAUGAGGCUUGUAAGGUUACUAUUGAGAGUAAGGAUGGGAGUACGCUGCUUGAUACGUUGAAGAAGGAUGGGAGGGUGACCAAGCAUCUGUCUUUGAGUGACCUGGAGAGGCUCUGUGAUCCUAUUAAUUAUUUGGGGUCGGCGCAGCGUAUGGUUGACGAUACCUUGGCUGAGAAUGCAUCUUAAAGGUCAUCAGGUUGAUACCAAUAGACAUCCAGCAUAUAACUCAUCACGUUUAUGGGCGGCCAAUCAGUGGAAUGAAGACAAAUUAGGAAGUUGCAUCAAUUAUACCCCUCGUGGCUAAGUCUGGUAUGGUAUCAAGUCAUCAGCGAUCCUGAA